GUCAGUCUAUAAAGUAUAAACGGGAGGAUGAAACGUGUUCCAAGUUUUUGCUGGUCCCGCUGAUCCCUAAAAGGAUGCGUAUAAAAAGUUCUACUAGUUAGUGGGCCGGUCCCGCGGCGUUACGACUGAUCGCGCGCACCGCGCAGACACCGACGCGCACGCGCACUCCCUACGCUCACUAAUUUACAAAUUAAAUCCAUUUAUCGAUUACCGAUUCUAAAUUCAAAUUUAGAACAAAUCUUUAGUUACCUUUUCUUUGAUAAUGUGUUAUGAAAUUUGAAACAAAAGUGCUUUCUUUAAAGGGUUGUGUGAGUUUUUACCAAAAGUGUUUAGACCGUGGAUUGGUCUUGGUGCUGGUUUACUUUGAUGUGGUUCGUGUUGCACACGUGAAUGGUUUUGCUGAUAAGAACGCAGUGAACCGGCGUGAAGAUGACUAUCCGCAGCAUGACCGUGACCGACACCCGCGACGCCACCACCAAAAUAAUGUGCUGUAGGCGGCCGAGUAAAUUCAAGACCAAGGUGAUCAUCGGCUCGCUAGCGCUCCUCCUGGUGAUCGCGGCGUUCUGCGGGUUCAUCAUCAGCAACUCCAACAUCAAGAAACAGAGCACCGAGCCUCCGGACCCGGUGGAGCCGUUGAAACCUUCGGCUUCUUGGCUUCAUGUGUUCAAGAAGGCGGCAGUGUGCACUGAUGCGCCUCCUUGUUCAGAAAUUGGGAGACAAAUCCUCGCCCAAAAUGGGUCAGCAGUGGACGCCGCGAUCGCCGCCAUGUUUUGCAACGGGUUCCUCAACCAGCAGAGCAUGGGUCUCGGCGGCGGGUUUUUCAUGACGGUCUACAUCAGGGAUGAAGAGAAAGCGUACACCGUCAACGCCAGGGAAACAGCGCCUCUAGCCGCUACGAGAGACAUGUUCAAAGGAGACGCCUCUAAAGCCUCUAAAGGGCCUCUAGCUAUAGGUGUACCAGGAGAGCUUCGAGGCAUGUGGGCAGCACACAAACGGUGGGGCAAGCUGCCGUGGGCGGAUCUGCUGGCUCCCACCAUGGGCUUCUGCAGCUAUGGCUUCCAGGUGUCCAAGGUUAUGUUCGACGGACUGCUGGCCGCACCGUAUAUCAAGAGUGAUCCAAUUUUAAGAAAAAUGUACGUGGACCCGUCAACCAACAACUUCUACAACCCGGGAACGAUAGUGAAGCCUAGCGAAGCCUUCUGCAAGACUCUUCGCAUCAUUGCCGAGAGGGGAGGCGACGAGCUCUACAACGGUAGCCUGGCCAAGGACUUCCUGGACGACCUGAAGAGAGUCGGCAGCAUUAUCUCCGCUGAGGAUCUAAGGAACUAUGAGGCAAAAAUAACAGAGACCAUCGACGUACGAUUAGAGAAUGGGGAUAGACUACACGUGGCCCCACCGCCCAGCAGUGGGCUCAUCCUGGCCAACAUCCUGAACGUGCUGUCGGGGUACAGCUUCGGGCCGCACAGUAUCAACACGACGGAGGACAAGAUCCUUACAUACCAUAGGAUUAUAGAGGCAUUUAAGUUCGCCUACGCGACGAGAACUAGGUUGGGGGAUGCUGCGUUUUUACAGUUAGAUGAGUUAAUAAAAAACGUGACGCAACCUGAAUAUGGGGCAGAAAUCCGCAGCAGAAUCAACGACUCAAUGACAAGCAAUGACUCUUCGAUAUACGGUGCAGAGGUGUACCAGAAGCCUGAUGCUGGCACAGCGCACAUUUCUGUCAUAGCUAGUAAUGGGGACGCUGUGUCCGUCACUAGCUCUAUCAACUACUAUUACGGCUCCGGCUUCACAACUCUAAACACGGGCAUCGUAAUGAACAACGUGAUGGACGACUUCUCCUCACCAGGCAUCACCAACUACUUCGGCCUGGAGCCCUCCCCGGCCAACUUCAUCGCGCCAGGAAAGAGACCUUUAUCUUCCAUGAGUCCUAGCAUUAUUUCUGACAGCGUAGGCAAUGCCAAGAUGGUGCUCGGAGCUUCUGGAGGCACUAAGAUAACCACAGCCGUUGCCUUGGUGGCCAUUCGCAAGCUAUGGUUCCAGCAAACUAUCAAGGAGGCAGUGGAUGAAGCGCGGAUACAUCAUCAGUUGCUGCCCAUGCAAGUGGAAUACGAGUUUGGAGUUACCGAGGGAAUCGUGAAUGGCCUAAAAGCCAAAGGCCACGUAAUGACCCGGUACCGCGGCCGCGGCUCGAUCGUGUGCGCCCUCUACAGGAACAAAACGGCAAUAUACGCCAACGCCGAUUUUAGGAAAGGAGGCGAUGUUUCUGGCGAUUAGAUCACACUGAAUUUUAGUUAUACAUAAGUGAAUCUCAUGCAUCUACGACUUAAAUUGAAUUAUCAGAUGUCAAUCAGUAAAAAACUCGUCACUGCAAAAUGUAUAUACCUAGGUACGGCGCUGUACGGCGCUGUACAGCGACAUUUAGUUAAACAGUCAAAGUCUCCUCUCGAAAUAUCCAUUUCUUUAUCAUCCAGGCGUAUAUUGUAAUUAAUUUGACUAUCUUAAGACCCGGAUCUAUGGAAGGUAGAGGCAAGGAAAACAAUUUCCAUGUAUCAAAAAGUGUCCGUCAUAAAACCUUAAAUAUAGGUAGUGCUGCGGACAAUAGGUAGGUGGUUGGUGUUAAUGCUAAGAAUUACUUUAUUCGUAAACACCUACAUUACCUAGAAUAUUCGAUAAAAAAAAUUAAAUCAUUGAUAACGCACUACAGCUUGGCAAAAAAGAGUAGAAAUUAAAAAGUGGCAACACUGUAGUCAUCAUCAUCAUCAUCAUCAUCUCAGCCAUAAGACGUCCACUGCUGAACAUAGGCCUCCCCCUUGGACCUCCAUACGUGCCGGUUGGUACACUGUAGUGUCGUCCCGUUUUCUUAUAUAAAUUGGUUUGAAAGGGACGACAUUACAGUGUAGCCCCUUUUUAAUUUCUACUCUUUUUUGCCAAGCAGUACACUCUGUCAAUACGCCUACGUUCUUAGCUACUAGCGCUACUAUGGAGAGAUUUGGAACUGUUAUUUACAGCUGACUGCUGGACACUUUUACAACUGUUCUGCCACAAGAGAUUUCACUCCUUUUAUUCUAACUCCAUGCCCGGAUCCUUGUUUCGCCAGUUUAACAACUACCUACAUGAUUCCGUUUUUGGUCCAUAAAAAUAUGUUUCUAAAUAUUUAAAUCUUUAGUAAUCUGUUGUUAUCGUUAUUAAGCCACAAUUCAAUACCUCGCUCGUGAGUCUCAUAAGAAUUGUUAAGCGCGUGGAAUAAGUUUCAUUUAUUUUAACAAGAUUCCUUAAGGUUUUACACUUAGAUAAGGAAAGUAGCUUCCAUGCUCUGUGAUUACAUGCGAUGAUGCGAAAACUUUAUGAUGAGUAGUUGGUGUCGCAUUUAUUAGUCUUAAUACAUUCGAAAUGGUACUAGAAGUAAGAGAAAGUGUUUAUCUACUGUGUUUACAUCUAACUUAAAUGUGCAUCCAGAUAUUGUCGUUCUUGGCACAGUGGACAUACUCAUGAUUACGUUAUCAGGGUUAAAAUCCUUUACUUAUAAACAUUCGAGUGAAUGAUGUUAAUUAUCAAUAGAUCUCUUAAUAUCCGACAAGUUAUCGGUUUAGGGACUGACAUUGAGGCAUGUAAACUUAAUGAAAUAUUAAACAUUCCUAGUAUCCCAUCCGACAUCAAACCUACGGGAUCGUCUCUUAGGAUAAGGUACAAGUAUACUAGAAGACGGAUGAAAACGGUUGAAUAUGAGAAAUGUACAGUGUUUCAUAUUUUAAUAGUAUUAAUUAGUAAUUAUUAUUUUUCAGGCUCAAAUCAAUCUAUCUCUGUCACAAGGCUUAAAGCGUAGGUACCUACCUAUCCUAUACUUAACACAAAAACUAAAAAAAAAUGCUAAGAGACUGCACAGCCGGGUGCCCCUUAAUACGCCUAACAUUAAUUGUCAUAAUAUGAAUUCGCAUGACAGUUUUGGCAUAACAUAAUUGUGCAUAACAUUGAACAGGCAUAAUAUUAAAAAAGCACACCACUUAUUGCGCAUAAUAAUGAAUCCGCAUAAUUUAAAUAUGCAUAACAUUAUUAACUAUAACUUUAUUUGGCACAAAAUGAAUUAGCAUAAUUUAAUAGAGCAAGAGAAUUAGAUGGAUCAAGGCAAAACCAACUCGGUUAGGUCAGGUUCACAAGGCUAAGGCAGGAUCGAGCGAAACGAAGCGAAGCUGUUGUAACAAAUAAUAAUCUAUGAGCUGUAAAGCAUUAUUAAGGCGUAGUAAGUUCGUGUUCUUUUUUUUUUAAAUAAGUUUUGGUUUUUUAAGGUUUUAUAAAUAUUUUUCAUAUUUUGAUUUUAUUGUGCAAUUUUUUUUAAAGUGCGUUUUAGACCUAUUUUAGUGAUUUUAUUUACAGAGCAAAAGUCAAAAACUCAAGAUUCGAAUCGCUGAAAGCCCUAGAGAAAGGCCGCAAGAUUGCUAAUUAAAUUUUUGGCAACCGUAUUGUGAUAUUUGUGAUCUAAAAAAGCGCUACAUUGACUUAAAACUUCGUUCUCUGAACCUACUGAACCAGCCGUUCUACAUUUUUAUUAAUUUGCCUUUUAUAUUUAUUUUAUACCAUUUAAUAAUUAUGCAAAGUAACUUUAUGCUUAUUAUAUUUAUCCCAAGUCAUCGUUAUGACAAUUUACGUUAUGCGCAUUAACAUUAUGCGUAAUCAGUUAUGCGGAAUAAUGUUAUGCGAUUUAGAAAUUAUGCGUAACAUACGUUAUGCCAAUUUGAAUUAGGAGUAUUACGUUAUGCGAAUUAAUAUAGACCCUGCACAGCCAUUGAUGAAUUGCAACAUUAUAAGGUCUAACAAUGGUUACCUUGGCCACCAGGCAUGUGCGAGGAUGUGUUAGUUAAAGAACAAUGGAAUAUUGUCAACUAGAGCUGCGCAGCGGUGGCAGCAUGGUUGCAUUUUUAUCGCCUGUUACUAUGUCUCUCACUUUCGCACUUAUACAUACUUGUUAGAACGUGACAGGCAUGGUGACAGGCGAUAAAAAUGCGACCGUGCUACCGCCACAGAGCGAGGUUGGGUAAAUUAAGUGAUUCUAUUGGUUUCUAACAAACAUCCCUCGCUACGCAUCCUAUCUCUGGUAGAAACGCAGCCUAAAAGUGUUGCUUGUCUUAAUUAUAAUACUUGUAUUGAUUUAUUGCUAGUACUUUCGUUGUAUAACGUUGUUGUAUUAACUAAGUAUUACAGUUUUCAAACGCCUGCUUAAUUAUGUAAGGUCUUUUAAAAUCAUAGAAAGUAAGAAAACAAUUUUUGACACUCUAUUUUUAAAGCUACCCCAGUAGUUAUGAAAAUAUAGUUCUUUUGAUGAACGUGAAUUUGUAUCAUGGACAAAAGGAAUUCGUAUGAAUUUUGCGCGUCUUAGGGUGAUAUUCCACCUAAUUUAUUUGUCCAAUGUGUAUUGCGUCUCACAUUUUGCUUAACCUUUUGGACGCCAAUGACCGAUAUAUCCGCACCGCAGGUUCAACGCCAAAGCCUGAUUAAUCCAUGAAUCUAGGAUAUACCUGGAUCUGGCAUGAGUGGUGGGGGUAACUGCCAGAACGGGAUAGUCUUAUGUAUCUUUCAGUAGGAGUAGCAGAGACAGCGGUAUUAUUGCUUGUCCUUGUCACAGUCUCACUUUUUGUUUGUUCCCCAACUUUUUAUUAGUAUGGAGAAUGGUGGGCAACAAAUGAAUUCGACCAAUCACAGUGUCGCAUUUGCGUAUGUUUUGUCCCUCACGGAGGCACGCGUAUACCACUUCUAUGCGAUCCUACCUUCUAUGGAUUAAUCGGUCACAAACCACAGAGCAACAUAGAUCUAAGUACGUGCAUAUGCAUAAAGUUCAAUUUCAGUUUUGACACUUCGGUGACGUGGCGUCCGCGUGAGAGAUUUUGUGUUUGACAUGGCCUCGAAAAGGUUAACGCAAUGACAUUGGACACUGGACAGGUGGAAUACCACCCUUAUUUCUUUCACCGACAACUUGGUCAACAUCCAAUAAUGACAAAUUGUGAUAUUAUUGUACGAGAAAACAUGUAUUUAACACAUUCACUGCCAAAAACCCGCUGCGUGGGCAUUUUGAAUUGGAAAUGGGGCGCUUGGCACUGAAAGUGUUAACAUAGGUACCUACACCUCAAGGUAGGAAAACCUCUAAGGAAGAUAUCUAAAAAUAAUUAAUGAUUUAAAUCAAUAACUCUUUGGUAGGUACUAAUAGGUAAAUACCUACAUCUGUUAUUCGAUACUAAUGAUACUAAUGACAAAAUAUCUAAAUUAUAAAUGUUAUUAAAUGAUGUCCAAUGUGAAAAACAUUAAUAAA